GUCUUCCGGCCGUUUGCCGCCCCGCUGCUGCCCACCGUCAGCGCCCGCCUGGUCUACACGCUGCGCUGCGCCGCCUUUGCCACGUUCCCCAUCGUUCUGGGGAUGAUCGUCAGCGGCAUCUCCCGCCUCUGCUCCUCUGCCCUGGAGCUCUGCGGGGAGCUGCAGCGGGACGGGGAGCUGCAGCGGGAGGUGGAGAUCCACCGCACCUACGUCUCCCAGUCUGUCCAGCUCUUCAUCCUCUACUUCUUCAACAUGGCUGUGCUGGCCACUUACCUCCCGCAGGAGGUCCUCAAGCUCAUCCCCCUGCUCACCGGGCUUUUCGCCAUCUCCCGGUUGAUUUACUGGCUGUCGUACGCCAUCGGGCGCUCCUUCCGCGCCUUCGGCUUCAGCAUGACCUUCCUGCCCCUCCUGGCCAUGCUCCUCUGGAACCUGUACAGCAUGUUCGUCCUGGAGCCCCAAAACCUCCUUGCUGUGGCAGGGCCGAAGCCCGAGGACUCCAAGGUCACUGGGGCCAAACUCCGGUACUGGGGGUGA